AUAACAUAUGGAUAACAUUUCAAAUGAGGGUUUUACCGAAUGAUAUACUGAACAUUAGUAACUUUAUACAUAUAUUAUUUAUAGACAACAAUUUAUUGUAUACGCUUAGGUUAUUAUCUUUAAAAAAAUGGAAUUUGUACAUAUUUUGGUAAUGUUGCUGUUUGGAACAGCUACAAAAGCUUAUAAAGAUAAUCUAGUCGAUCCUCAUGAAAUGGUUAUGAAUACAGGCCGUCACAGAAUGCAUGUUGAUGAAGAAAUAGUUCUAAAACCCUCGUUUAGUGAAGGUGAUAAAAACAAAAAUCAAGAGUGCUAUAAAGCUCCAUUAAAAGAAGAAACAAUGGCAAUUAUGUACUUGAAGAGAACUGUUAGUCUUUUACUUUCAAGUAGUAGUUUAGAGCAGAACAGUGUUGAUGAAUAUACUGGUUCUUAUCAGUAUGUGUCAAACAGCGAGGAACAUGAAUUUUUGAAGACUUUUGUUAAUAGUAAAGAGCUAAGUGAAGAACAUAUGAGAAGACUGGAUACAGUCUUGAGCACCUUAUUUUCUAAGUCAAACCAGGAUAGUAUGUUUAAGUUUAAUACAUGUAUUUCAAGAGAAGACUUGGCCGAAAUAUUUAAUUCGAAGUUUUUGAUGGGUCUAUUCAUAUUUAUAGCUGUAAUCGCACUGUUUGUUUUCCUCAAAAGCAACUAUGGGUUUUUGUUUAUUAUUGCAUAUUUCUUGACAGUUAUGUUAAUUGUAGAUUAUGGGAUGAGGUAUCAUCAACUUUAUGAGGCUGCAGAAGAGCACAACCUUGCUUUAAAAUAUGAUUCAGUGUGUGAUACAACCAAAAUGACUUGGUCAGAAUAUUUUAAAUUUACCUUAAGCCAAAAAGAUUGUGAGAGGAAGAUUGUAACACCCUUAGAUGUUGGUCUCAAUCAACUGAAAUACAUCAUAAUAGUACCAUUGGAAUCUGUGGGUGCUGGUAUGGGGAAAUUUGGUGCACAGUUGUGGGAUAAGCUUCCAUUUCCUUGGAACAUUUUGAUGUUUCCACUGAUGCUGUUGUUCACCCUUGGAAUAGUUUUUUUAUAUGUUUUGGCUGUUAGAAAUACAAGCUUCAAACUGAAACUGCUUCACCUGUUCAAUUUGGAAUUGGGCGGCGAUAGAAAUGAAGAAAACCGAAUAGGAGGGAAGACAUUGGAUAGGUUUUUGCAGACUUUAAAUCACAGACCACUAAUACAAGAUACUAGAAGUACUCCACCAAAAGAAGAACCCAAGAAAAUUAAAGAGAAGUGGACUCCCAAAAAGAAAGAGGAAAAAUGUGUGAGUGAGAAUUCUCCCACCAAACCCAACAAAAUUAAAGAGAAGUGGACUCCCAAAAAGAAAGAGGAAAAAUGUGUGAGUGAGAAUUCUUCCACAAAAGAUGUAAACAAUUGCAGUAAAAGUGGAAAAGCUGAUGAAGUCAAAGAGGUGUCUUCAAAAAAUAAGCAAAAUAUAAAUGAAUCAGUUAAAGCUGAUAGUGAAUCGAAAAAAAAACAGUGAUUUGAGUACUAGUAGUAACUAAGUGUUAAGUUUUAUUAGGCAUUAUACAUGCUUCUUUAUUUUUAAUAAAUUUUUAUGAGUAA